AUGGCAGCAAUAAGUAAAACUCAAGCCGUUGAGGAUCAGGAAAAAUCGGAGCCCAUUCCGCUGACAAGCUUUCUAAAGUAUGCAAAUGUUUUCUAUCUAUCGAUUGGAAUGCUGGCCUACGAUCACAAGAAUAAUGGUAAAAGAAGGCAGCUCUUGCUUCACUGGAUAUUCGUUGCCCAGAUGGUGAACCUGAAUGCAGUGCUCCUUUCGGAACUGAUCUACGUAUUCCUGGCGAUUGCCAGUGGUAGCAACUUUCUGGAGGCCACCAUGAAUCUAUCGUUUAUUGGUUUCGUCAUUGUUGGAGACCUCAAAAUCUGGCACAUUUGGAGGCAGAGAAACAAACUCACCCAAGUGGUCAACGAAUUGGAGCAUUUGCAUCCGCAGCGACUGGAUCAGCAGGUGACAUACAACGUUAAGGAUCACCUGAGUGGCUAUAGACGCUAUAGCAAGUUCUACUUUGGCAUGCAUCUGGUGCUGAUCUGGACGUACAACCUCUACUGGGCUGUUUACUACCUGGUCUGCGAUUUCUGGCUGGGAGUACGGAAAUUUGAGAGGAUGCUGCCCUAUUACUGCUGGGUGCCCUGGAAUUGGAAAACUGGACAUAGCUACAACUACUACCUGAUGUAUGUCUCGCAGAAUAUCGCGGGACAGGCAUGUCUCUCCGGUCAAUUGGCGGCCGAUAUGUUGAUGUGCGCCUUGGUCACCCUCCUGGUGAUGCACUUCCUCCGCCUUUCCGGGCAUAUUGAGGGGCAUGUGGCGGGUGUGGCAUCGCCCAAGCGGGAUCUGCAGUUCCUUCAGGCGGUGGUGGCCUAUAACCAGCGGUUGCUCAAUCUCUGCCAGCACAUCAACGAGAUCUUUGGGGUGUCGCUUCUCUGCAACUUCGUUUCCUCGUCCUUCAUCAUCUGCUUUGUGGGAUUCCAGAUGACCAUCGGCGGCAAGAUCGACAAUCUGGUGAUGCUCGUCCUCUUUCUCUUCUGCGCCAUGGUGCAGGUUUUCAUGAUUGCCACAUAUGCCCAGCGGCUCAUCGAUGCGAGUGAGCAGAUAGGUCAGGCUGUCUACAACCACGACUGGUACAACGCCAACUUACGCUAUCGCAAAAUGCUAGUCCUGAUUGUUAAGAGGGCACAACAACCAAGUUGCUUAAAGGCCACCAUGUUCCUGAGUGUAUCACUGGUCACUGUGGCGGAUCUCCUACAACUAUCCUACAAAUUCUUUGCCCUGCUGCGCACAAUGUACAGUACGUGAAGUGGAUGCCUUUUGUGAUUAUGGCCACAAUUUAACAGCCAAACAUCAGGUGGCAGUGACAUUGUGUGGAGCAAAGGUGCAAUUCAUCGCAAGCCAAUAACUUACGCCAGUUGCCGCACAGAGUUGUGGUUUUUAAUUAAAGUAGUAGCUGAAAUGAUUAGCGCGAAUCGCAGGUCACGGAAUAAAAUCAAACCGCAGUAGCAAUGAUUAAUUAUCGACAUUUCGUUUGCACAAAGAGCCGAUGCCAAAUGCCAGACAAAGCAUUUUGGUGCUUUUAGAAUUAGCGACUCCGUCAACCUCUUUCCCUUUACA